AUGAUCUCCCUGAAUUUGUCAGAACGCACAGAUGUGUGUGGGAACCGGACGGUCUCUAUUUUCUCCUCCAAACUCGCACCUGGUGCUGAUAUAGGUGUGGGAUUUACAAUCCUGUCAAUCGUGCUUCUGUCCGUCCUCGGCAACGGCCUGGUGCUGGUCAUCUCCUUCCGACGGAGGAAGAAGAUGGUGGGUUCAGAGCUCCUCUGCGUCAACCUGGCCGUGGUGGAUUUCCUAUGUUGUAUCUGUUUCUACCCGCUGUCCAUUCUGUCAUCGUUUAAUCAUGCCUGGCUGGGGCACCACGUCACGUGCGUCUACUACGGUCUGGGCUGCUAUGUAUUCGGCCUGUGCGGCAUGUUCACCAUCGCCGCCAUCAGCGUGAUCCGCUAUCUGAAAACAUUCUAUAACCUGGUCUAUGCAGUCUGGCUGGAUGGUGCCAACAUCCGGCUGGUGUGCUGUGCCUCGUGGCUAAUCGCCGCCGUCUGGUCCUCCUUCCCCUUGUUCGGCUGGGGCGAGUACGUCCCCGAGCCCUACGGCCUGUCCUGUACCAUCGCCUGGCACAGCUACCACACCUCCUUUAAAGACGCCUUCUACGUCAUCUGUUCCUUCUCUUGUUUCAUGCUGGUGCCCGUCCUGCUCAUCGUGACGUCCCAGAUCCAGAUCCUCUAUAAAGUCUAUCAUUUCACCUACGCCUUGUCAGCCCGGGGGAUCCGGACCAACCUGCGCCAUGCCGAAAAACGUCUCUCCAUGAUGUUCUUCUGCAUCAGCCUCGGCUUUGUGACGGCCUGGGCUCCCUACGCCGUUGUCUCCUUCCUCUUCAUCUUCCAUAAGGACAACAGGUACAUGGCGCCUGGGGGCUUCGUGUUCCCCGCACUGUUCGCCAAGAGCUCCCACAUCUACAACCCCUUCAUCUACUUCUACUUCAACAAGGCCUUCCGUCAGGAGCUGCGCUGCCUGUUGCGCUCCUUCUGUCCCCGGUUAGCCAGGAACCGUGUGGGGGUCCGCUCUGCCAUGGGCCAGGAGGGACUCCCCGGGGGGCCACAUCCCAUCCAGAUCCAGCUCCAGGAGCUGGGGAUGUCUGGAGGGGGAGUCCUAGGGGAGGAAUAGCAGCAAGGACACGGGGAGCACACUUUGGGGCGAUCUCCUGCUGAGUGUCCAAGAUCAGAGUGACCCCCUUGGCUGUGGACCAUAGACCUGUCCUGUGCUUGACUUGGGCAGGAGCUCACCGGAGCUGAGCACCGUCACCUCAAAUGUUCUACUGCUUGAGCUCCUGUUCCUCUUAUAGAAUAUGAACUCAAAAGUAUUGUGGAGUUCUUGAAACUAAAUAUGAACAGUAUUGGCACCCAAAAUGAGG